AUGGAAGUUCUUGUAAAAGAAGAAAAUAAUAAGGUUUAUGGGAUAGUUAUGGAAAUAGAGCUUAUGCUACAGCUUAGAAGAGAGCUUAAAAUUGUACCUACACCUAUAGGAACUGUUGCACAUGCUUCUAGCCAAAAUAAAUGUUUAGGGCCUCCUUUUAUUUUGAACUGCUAUCAAUUGAGAUUUUUAUGGGAAAAAGGAAUAAUAAGCAUUAAUGAGCCAAUUGUUGAUGAAAUUAUAUAUGAAGUUUUUAAAUAUUUCGCUGAAAAAAGGUGGGUUGUUAAAGAAGGACACAAGUUUGGCUGCGAAUUUUUGGUAUAUGAGGGAGACCCAAUUUCAAAUCAUAGCAAAUAUACGGUAGCUAUACAAAAUGAUAUUCCUGCGCAAAAAUUGGUGGAGCUCUGUAGGAUUUCGAAUUAUUCUAACAAAAUACUACUGGUUGCAUAUUUUAAUGAAAAUGGGCUAAAUUUUAAGAAAAUUGAAUGGCUGGCUGGAAAAGCGUAAUUUUUAUUUUAGAAGAGAAAAACCAAUACCAAGAAUAAAAAACUCAAAAUAA